GUGAUUAACAAAAAUGUCACAGAGACGGGAAUUGCGUAUUUUGGUUGCGUGCUAAUUACUAAAAAUAAUUGUAAAUUACUUUUGUAUAUGUGUAAAUAGCACCUGUAGUGAUUCCCUGUAAAUAUCGAAACGAAUUUUUGAGAAAAGUUAGUGUCAAUGUGUAGUGUGGGGUGUAUUAUAGCUGUAAGCUAUAAAUAGGCGAAAACGAGAAAAUUAAUGAACUAAAAUUAAGCGUCGCUAGACAAUAACAAGGAUAAAAAUAAGUAGACAUGGUAGUUCGCUGGGCGAACCUCUCAUAGUACAAGCCAAAGCCAUGGGACAACAGACAUCAAGGAAAAUACCAUGUGUAGGUGGCGAGUGCAGCUGCGGCUGCGGGGCGUGGGACAGGCGGAGGUACGCGGAGUCCCCGAGCAGUGUCCAUAGAUAUGUCAGCGCUGUUACUGACAGAUGGAAUGGUCGUGAAUGUGCGUGUCGUCGACGCAGAUGGCGGAGACCGGCUUGCGUCUGCACAGCAUACAGACGUGUUAGUGAUGAUAGGUUGGCUGCUGUCCUCACUUUGGGAGCGAGGGAUUUGAGACGGGAAUUAGAUGCUAUUGUCUUAAAUGCAGAUAAUGAAGCUACAAGAGAAAUAGAACCAAACGCUGAAGUUUAUGUACUCUCUGUCGCUCCCAGAACGGAAGCGGAAACAGUACAGGAAUGUCAUAGAAAUGAAUUAACAACAACCAGUGAUGGCUCAAUACGAUUGCAUCCACAUUUCCAAGUUGUAUGCGGCGGGGAGCUCCGUGCGCUGUUGCUACGCGCCCCCGCACUGCCGCACUCCCCGCACGCGCCCCUCGCACCCCUCGCACCACUCGCACCACUCGCACCCCUAGUGCCGCUCACACCGCCGGCUAAAGUGCACACGCAGGUAGACUACAUCCACUGCCUGGUGCCGGACCUGCAGGAGAUCACGGCCUGCUCCUUCUACUGGGGCAAGAUGGACCGCUACGAGGCGGAGCGCCUGCUCGACAACAAGCCCGAAGGUACAUUCCUGUUGCGUGAUUCAGCGCAAGAGGAGCAUUUAUUCUCAGUGUCGUUCCGUAAAUACGGUCGUUCUCUGCACGCGCGCAUCGAGCACUACCAGCACAGGUUCAGCUUCGACUCGCACGACCCCGCGGUGUUCGCCGCCGCCACCGUCACUGGACUCAUCGAACAUUACAAGGACCCAGCGUGUGUGAUGUUCUUCGAGCCGAUGCUAACAGCGCCGCUGCCCCGUACAGAUACCUUCUCUCUGCAGCAACUCGCACGCGCCGUCAUCGUCUCGCACACCACAUACGAUGGUGUGGAACAGCUCCCUCUACCGGCGCGUCUUCGAGCCUUCCUCAAGGAAUACCACUACCGGCAGCGCGUGCGCGUGCGUCGCCUCGAGCCUGACGUCUAUCUACCGCAUUGCUAGCCCUGCCUACCCUGUCUGCAUUACCUGCAGCGGGCUUACACCUCGCGGGGUACACUGCAGAACUGCUAGCCCUGCCUACCCCAUCUGCAUCACCUGCAUCGUGCAUACAGCUACCUCUCGCGGUACACUGGGGUACUGCUAGCCCUGCCUACCCCGUCUGAACAGUGUACAUGCCUACCUCUCGGGGUACGGGACUACCACUAAAGGUAGAAGGCGUAAUGGUAAUACCACCCCCACAGGUAGUUAAGUAGAUUUAAAGUAACACUAUCCUUAGAGGUAGUGGUCAUAAAUUGAAGGUACCCUAAGAGGUAGUAAUCAAAAGGUACAACUACCCUUACAGAUAGCGAUAAUAAAUAAAUUUUCUACCCCAAGAGGUAGUGGUUAUAACUGAAAAUAUGCCGCAUAUUAUACUAAAAUCUGUGUACACGGUAUUAAAACCUAUUUAUAGCCACUACCUGACAAGGUAGUAUACAACUACUAACUACUAACUACGGUUAUAAGUAAAAUUUGUAUAUUUCCUACCUGUAGAGGUAGUCCUUAUAUCCGUCUAAUUUACUAAAUAACUAAACUCGAUUAUUACUAAAUUAUAGCCACUACAUUUCAAGGUAGGCAUCAAACUACGAUUUAAAUAUUAAAAACCUAGAGAGAAGAUACCUUUAGAGGUAGUACUUUAUACCCAUCUACUGAAUAAACAUGGUUCCUAAACUACUACCUGUCGAGGUAGUUAAUUUAUAUAAAAUAUUGAAGAUCUGGAUAGAAAAUACUACCUGAAGAGAUAGUGGUUAAAAUAGGCUAUGUUUUUCAACAGAAAACCUAAGUUUUGGUCUAAAUUUUAUAUGGUCCGUCUAUAUCCACUACCUAAAGAGGUGACAACAAAUACAGCAGAACCUCGGUAACUUAAAAACCCCUAUAACUUCAAAAAAUAUGUUCCCUUCCCAUCAGAGCCCAAAAUCCCUACAACAU